GUAGUGAAGCUGUGACUUGCCUCUGCAUGUUUUGCAAUGCUGGCUGGCUUCAUAACAGCGUAACUGCAUGCUGUGACUCCUACCAGAUUUCUCAGCAAACAUCCGAGCGAGGAGCAGGCUAAUUCUUUAAACAAUGGCAUUCGCUUUUAGACAAUUCUUCCUGGUAGCUGCAGAUUUAAUGCUUGCCUUGGCCCUUUCCUGCUUCCUUUAUGCUUUCGUGUGCAUCUGCACUGCAUUCCUCACCUGCUUUGUGAUCGUUUUCUCCUUGGGGAUUGUGAAGAAAAUGGAGAGAAAUAUUGACAUAAAAGGGAGAGCCGUUGUGAUUCUAGUGUCCAACAGCUCCAUCGGACGGACGUUUGCCAGGAACCUGGACGAGGCAGGUUUCACAGUGUCUGCUGCAUGCUGGCCACCUGAAAGAAACUGGGCAAAGGUUCUGAAGGAGGAGUAUUCUCCAGACAUGAAGCUGGCACAACUCCCUAUAACUGAGGACGAGUAUAAGAUGACAAUGAAAACCUUGAUAGAAAAGCACUUAUCUCUGAAAGGCAUGUACGGGCUGAUGAAGAAUCCUUCGGUCCUGCUGUGGGAAGAACAGAAGCCAGACACAACCAGAUUCUCUGAAGGAAAAACUUCUUAUAAAUGGAAGGAUGUUUGCAUAACUCCGGCCUUCCUCAUGGCACUUCUCUUUCUCCCUGUGAACUAUGCGGUGACUUUUGCAAAGAAGAAAAGCCAGCAGUUACUUACUAGCCUGCUGAAAUCCAAAAACUGACAGCAUGGAAGGAAACUUGUGGAAUGACUCAACGGGUUAAUAAUGCCACAGUGAAAAGGAGCUGCAGGGAGGAGUAGCUUAGAACAGGACUGACUGAUUCCUGACUUGCAAGAAUCAAGUGCUGAAUGGUGUCUUCAAACUUAGUCAUAAGUCAA